AUGGCUUUGUUCUCCUUAACAGCGUCUUGGAAACCACCAACCAUAGAACCUAUUGUGCAUUCUUCUUCUUUUGUUUCGUCAUUAUUUACAUCUCAGUUAAAGCUCCCAAACCCAGUAAGAAAGAAGAACCAUCUAAACCACAAGACAAUAACUUGUUGCUCCAAUUCAGUUUCUUCAUUAUCAACAACAGCAACACCAAGUGUAAGUUUGGGUCCGCCAGUGAUGAAGAAGAGAAAAAGGUAUAGGAAGCCCUAUCCAGGAGAGAGCAAAGGAAUUACUGAAGAGAUGAGAUUUGUUGCUAUGAAACUUCGUAAUAUCAAAGGCAAAUACGCCCACAAGACUGUUAACAGUGAUGAUGAUGACAGCAGCCAAGAUUCAGAAAACGAUUGCGUAUCUGAGAAAGAAGAAGAGGGAGAUGGUGAUAGUGACGGCGAUAAUGAUGGGGAAGGGGAUAUUUGGAUUCCUAGUAUGGAAGGGUUUGUUAAGUAUCUGGUUGACAGCAAGCUUGUUUUCGACACUGUUGAGCGGAUUGUUGAUAAAUCUGAUGAUGUUUCUUCGCUUUUGUUAGAUGCUUAUUUUAGAAAAACUGGAUUGGAAAGAUCAGAGGGUCUUGCAAAGGACCUCGAGUGGUUUAGUCAACUGAAUAUAGAGAUUCCUGAGCCUAGCACUCCAGGAAGUUCUUAUGUCAAGUAUUUGGAGAAGCUUUCAGAGGAUAGCGCCCCAUUGUUCCUUUGCCAUUUCUACAAUAUAUAUUUCUCGCAUAUAGCAGGCGGUCAAGUGAUAUCUAGAAAGGUUUCUUACAGGCUCCUGCAAGGAAGAGAGUUGGAGUUCUACAGAUGGGAUGGAGAUGUCCAGGAAUUGUUGAAGGGUGUUCGUGAGAAGCUCAACAUGCUGGGAGAGCAUUGGUCACGAGAUGAGAAAAACAAAUGCUUGAAGGAAGCAACAAAGUCAUUCAGAAGGACAUAUGGCAUAGACAUCAACGUUUUCAUAGAGUGUUUCUCUGCCAUGGUGAUAGUGGCAGAUCGGUUUCUCUAG